CUUCUUCUAAUAUUUACGAGUACUGCAUAGCUCCGUGAUUUUUGUAUAUAAAUAGUUUUUAUGGCCUGUUGGUCGCGUCCAAUUUCAUUAAAUGUCGUUAAAUGGUUAAAUAUAUAUCGUGUCUCUAGUCCGCGACAAGUGUUAUAUGUUUACUUUCGUAAUUAUUUUGACCAGUUCGAAAAUUGAGUGACAUCGUUUGACCUAUAUCUUUUUGACACCGAGAAUCUAUUAAGUUUUAACACAUAUAAAGUAAAAAAUAUUUGUCGGUAUAACUGCAUUUUCGUUACUUGCAAAACCGAAAUAUUGUAUGUUGUUAAAACGUUUAGGAACCCUUCUCAAAAAAUACAGUCACUUUUUAAUUUUGAGAUAUUUCUGCACAUUUCUUGACCCAUUAUUUAGAAAUAAUGCAGUCUAUGACCUUUUCAUUUUAUAUAAUAAGGACAAAUUUCAAAUGUCAUUUAGAUACUUUCAGUUGCAGAACUUAGAUUAGAAUAAAGAUUAGUUUUAAAUGCUCAAUAUUAACGCAAAUAUAAUAUAAUUCCUUUAGAAUAUGCGCAAUAAGACGGGAAGGGAAAUGGGCUGUUGUGAAAAUUCCGCCAAGAGGUGUUUAAUUGUUCUAAACAGUCUGUCUCUUCUUGCUGGUUUGGUUUUCAUUGCUGGUGGAAUCGUAAUCACCGUAAAUCUGGGAAGCUAUUUAAAAUAUCUAGCUGUCGGUAACAUAAAAGUCGCUGCGGAUUUUCUCAACAGCGCGCCGCUAAUAUUUAUCGGUUUCGGUGCUGUCAUUUUUAUAAUUUCACUUUGUGGCUGUUGUGGAGCCUAUACUGAAAAAGUUUGGCUUUUGAAGGUUUACAAAGUGUCUCUUGUCAUCAUAUUACUGGUGUUAGUGGUAAUUGCAGUCUUGGCUUUCUGCUUUAAAUCAUCGCUUCGAAUGGCUCUGCAUGUCGCCAUGCUGAAUUUUCUACAUACUCACCAUAAAAGCUCAAAAGUUUUUAACCUGGUGCAGACACAACUACAAUGUUGUGGCGUGGAUACUUACAUGGACUGGCAGAGUAACUUGCAGUGGACACAGGCCGCUCAUGAGAGGGCAGAUGCCGCUGGUAUAGAGAGACACACGCAUCCGGUGCCCGACAGCUGUUGCGUGAACCCAACGCCUAAUUGUGGCUUGUCUACUUUCGGGGAUAACAUCAAGAACAUUCACCUCAACGGGUGUGCAAAAACAUUGUGGCAAUCCUUCUCAACAAGAGGUGACAUGGUGGGCAUGUCCGGACUUGUCGUCGGUGGUUUGCUGCUUAUCUCCAUCGUGUUUAGCUGUUGUGUUAUCAAUUUUAUUCGUGAGAACGGCGGGCGUGUCACGUCAUAUGCUUAAUAUAAAGACGUUAAAAAGUUAUUUUUAAUAUAAGAGUUUUUGUUUUUCAGUAAUAGUACUACUAAUUUUACGUAUUUUCUGCAGCUUUGUUAUUUUAAAAGUUUUGUAAUAACUUUAUUCGUCUCUUUGAUUACGCAAGCGAAGAUGGAAAAAUAUUUAACACGAAAAGACAAUAUAUUUACCGACAAAACGACAGUCGUUAAAACCCGCUUAUGGGUAAAAACACAUUUACAUAUAAUUGGAAGAAAGAAGCCUGGUAGCCGCCCUUUUUUUGUUUUAAAUUAUUUACUUAUUAUGGUUUCCUUAGGCAAGACACUUAUAACAGCAAUUGCUCCAACCCAUCAGUGGUCACUUAAUGGGUUGCCUAAACUGUUAGCCAUGCA